AUGGGCCGGACUCCCAGUGAACGGCCCACUUCCGGAGCCGGCAAAAGGACUGCCGACGACAAGAGCGCCGCGCGGUGGUUCGAUUGGCAGGGCCCCAGUAGCAGCCAGAACGGUAGGCCCCGCACUGCUGACGUCAGCAGAAACAGAGGUGGGAGCGUGCGGCUGACGGUGAUGCAAGCAGCGGCAGCCCAAGCGGCGGCGGAGGCUCAGGCGAACGCGGUGCGCAACGGGCUGCCCCACAAGGGCGCCACGUCACCCAAGUCUGGGCUGCACCCGGCGCUCCUUUCUAACGACCAGAACAACUACAAGCGGCGACACGGGCUGGACCUUCAGACAACAAAGGUCAGCCGCCAAUGGUCGCACUCGGGGCACUUCCCCGGGAUGACGCUCUCGUGCUGGGCGCGGGGCUGCAGCAAGCUGUGGGGCUGCGACCACGGGGUCGGGGACGAGGAACUAGAUCGGCAGCUCGAUCUGCCCGAGUGGGAGGGCCGCGGGAACGAUCCGUCCGUUCCGGAGUGGCUCCGUUACGAAGGCAAGAUCGUAAACCGGAAGCUCUCCAAGCGCUUCGUCCUGGGGUUCUGCCACCACGUGUGGGACUACAAAUAUCCCCCGCCGUUGAUCAUCGAGAUCAACGGCGUUCCGACGCCCGUGAAGCGCGAGCCGCGCCACGGGGGCCUCAGCCUGGCCUUCCACGAGUGCAUGAAAACCACGUACGGGCCCCCAAAGCUGGUAGCGGGCGUAGCGUACAACAUGUAUUACGGCCUGCUACGGUUUGGAAAGGAGCACGCGGACGUCGACAUCUUCUGCCGGAUCCUGACGGACGAGCUCCCGAGCCCGGCGCUCUUCGCCUACAUGGAGGAGCUAGAGGCGCUCCGCGGACUGCUGCGGGCUGCGGACACCGACAGCAGAAACAAGCUGCCACGUGGCCAAGUAAUCCAAGUCCUGAAGGAGCGCUUCGGGGACGCCUUCGACGAAGCGCGCGAGCGCGCUGCGCGCGCGGCACUGGAUGCGGAGCAGCCGCCGCUGUCGGUGCAUCCCAGUUGGUACCUGGACCCGCAGAACAGCCGUAAGGCGGCGCGAAUCAGUGACGUCGAGUACGAGAAGCUCAUCAGCGAAACGAGAGACGUAGACCACGGACCCUUCGCCCAGCUGGCCAAGACGCUGAUCAUCGAGGAGCUGCGCGCGCGCGAGUGGCCCGCCGCGCGCGGCGACAUUACGCGCCGGCCCAAGUACGGCGACUUCCUCGCGUGGCGCAAGGCGAAAGUGGGCGCCACGGCUGCGGGCGUCGUCGGUUAUCUAAGCCGGGCGGUCCAAACCCCGAGGGGCACGGCUGCUCGGGAGACGGCUGAUGACCGGGGGACGGCUCCGGAGGGGCCGGAAAGUAGGACCGGGGGAGAUGAGAGCAGUGCCUCCGUCCAGACAUCUGUGGAACCGAAGGGAGCAGUCGCAUUGGGGGCCCGUGGUUCGGGUCAAAAUCUUGCGCCGAUAGACGAGCGACUUGUUGUCGGGAGCAAUAGAAAUCCUAAUUCCCAGCAAGAAGCGACCCCGAUAGCGCGUCAAGACUUCCUCGCGGGGGUUAACGAAAACCGCAACUUGCGUCAGGAUCCUGCCCCCUACGAGCGAGUGACGUCUGGGAGCACUGAACAGAGUCGGGGCUCGGAUCAGGAUGCUGCUCCUCGAAAAGGACACUCCAAAGUCGGAGCAACAGAAAGCCGCCAGGCCGCGAACCCCCCGCAGCGAAUGACAGAUGCUGACACUGCCGCGAAAGAUCGAAGCGCUCGGGGCUUUGCCCCGGGAGCCCAGCAGAGUGCUGAAAGCGUCAGACUUUUCGGGCUGAAGGCGGUGAACGAGAGCGGCGAGAAUUCUGACACCUGGGCGACAAAAGACCGAAAAGCAAACGCUGCUGAAAGCAUCAGACCCAGUGGCCGUGAGGUGGGGCUGAAGGCGGCAGACGAGAGCGUCGAGAUUCCUGGCACCCGACUGAACGGAGGCCGCAAAGAACACGAUUCCGAAAGGGGGACAGCUUAUGAUGACAAAGGCGUGGUCGUGACCGGAAGCCGCUCGGUCGAGCGCCCGGAAGUUCCGCGGGCGCAAUAUCACAGCGCGGAAUCUCUGAGCUCUGCCUCGGAGGACAUACCCGAGCAGCUGUGGAAGGACGACCCGGCCGUUGACAUCAGCAAGAAAAGCUUUGUAGAGAGGUCAGUUAUGAAGGCUACAAAGGAGGAGCCUGUGUUUGCACAUGGAAACGAUUCAAAAAUUGUGGAGCCUAGAGUAGCGUACAAAGCGCAAUCUUAG